AUGGCCAUGCGGCGGCCGAAGAAGCUCACCCGUCCGACAGGCUCCUCUUCCGCCUCCCGCCUUGGGCCCGGCAUGAAGACGAUGGACCUGCGCUUUUCACCUGCGGGAGGGUGGGGCCUAGCAGGAGUUAGCAGCGGCAGCAGGGGCACGACGGGUCCCGCGGCGCUCCCUCCUCGCUGGGUGAUAUCGUGGGAGGUUGGGCCGGGAGCCACGGUGGACCGUGGGCUAAAGCUGGCGAAGCUGCACUGCGUGGGCGUGGACAAGGAUGGGGGCCCAGGCGACACGAAGGAGCAGUUCAUCGUGGCACCCCGCGAGGGCAUCCUGACGGAGCUGUUGGUGCCGACCGGCGGGCAAGUAUCCCCAGGACAAGGCUGCCCCGACCAAGACGUCCCCGCCGCCGAUAGCGCCUCGUCAAAGACACCAGCAGCAGCAGCAGUAGCAGCAGCAAUCCGCACGGACGAUGGAGCUGAACCCCAGGCCAGUGGCGAAGGGGUUGUUGUGGGGCGUAUCAGCUUCUGCGCGCACCAGGAGCUGCACGGGACCUUGUGCACCAGCUGCGGGCGCGUCGUCUUGCCGCAGUCGGAGAACGGUAGAGGUAGAGGGCAAGGCGGUGCCGGCGGCGGUGGUAGCGGUGGCGGUAGCGGGGAGCGGCAGGAGGAAGGCGGGGGUGACACACACCAGGUCUUGAUGAAGGGCGGAAAGAUGAUGUCGGUCACCGCUGAAGGCCGUCGGAUGAUGCACAUGAACAAGUCGGGCAGGCUCCUCAACAGCAAGAAGCUGUCGCUAGUGUUGGAUCUUGAUAACACGCUGCUACACUGCUCCGAUCACCCGGAUGCAGGAAGGGUGGUCGUGCCAGGAGUGGAUGGGAUACACGCCCUUAGGCUCCCUAACCAGCAGCGAGAGUACUACAUCAAGCUCAGGCCCGGCCUCAGACGAUUCUUGGCGCAGGCGGCGACGAUGUUCGAGAUGACCAUUUACACCGCCGGAACUUCGCAAUACGCAGAUGCGGUGGCGAGUGUGCUUGACCCCGACCGGAGCCUGUUUCAGGGCCGACACUUCUCGACGUGCUACACGCCAGACCUAGGCCGCAACACCAAGUCGCUGGAAAGAAUAUUUCCGAACGGCUUGGACAUGGCGCUGAUCGUGGAUGACCGAGAUGACGUGUGGAGGGGAGAGCAGGCAAAGAACCUCCUUCUCGUCAGACCGUACAAGUUCUUCGUGGGACAGCGGAGCGUCCCCGGCGGGCCAACCCACGAUGCCGGACCACAUCCACAGCCCCCUCCGAAACCAGCAGCAGCGCCAGCACCGUUCCGGGAACGGUUGGAACGUUCUGCGGAACAUUCUCCGCUGCCCGGGACAACCAAGAGCGGCCGUCCGGGUGUCGGAGAGGAUGGUGAUGGGAGCAAAGAAGGAGAAGGGGAGGAGGAGGAGGAGGAAGAAGAAGAAGACGAGAAGCUGGGAGAUAGAGACAAGGGGGCCAUGACGACUGGACAAGCGAGGAAGCCGAGUCGGGGGGAAGAGGAGGAAGAGGACAACGGGAAGAAAUCCGUCGUGAAGGUUCGCCAUGAUGGGGCCGGUGGCGGGAGGGCUUCUCCUGCCGAGCGAGGAGAAGACGAGGAUAGUGUUGUGGAAAUCAACGGAGUUGAAGUCGGGAGACAGCAGGGCGAGCAGCAGCAGCUUGAGGAGGAAGAGGAGGCUGGGCAGGGGGUUGGUCCACACGACAGCGGUAGCGGGAGAGGAGGCAAGGGAAAAUCCCCCUCCUCCUCUUGCUCCUCGUCGUCGGACAAGCAGGUGGCUAGCCUGGGAGAGGGGCUGGCGCGGAUGUUGGAAAACAAGCGACAAGAGCAAGAAGCCGGUGGGAGCAGCAGCAGUCGUGGAGCAGAAGAAGCAGGAGGUGGCCACGCAGGGGGGAAUAGACCAUCGGUGCCAGGGACGAAAAAGCCAACGGUUGCUGGCGACAGCACACUCGAUGAGGACGGCAAGGAGAAGGAAAAGGAGGAGGAUGCUGCAGAUGCCGUUGGGGUCGUCGCUAGCGCGGAGAACGACCCUCAGUUGGACUGCACGUUCAAGACCCUGGAGGCUGUGCACGGGGCUUUCUACGCGCCGGAGAAUAGCAACCACGGGCAACCACGGGCCGCAGCCGGAUUCCUGGCAAAGGUCCGCUUGCGGGUCUUGACGGGAGUUCGCAUGGUGUUCAGCGGCGUUAUUCCCGUGUCGGGCGCCCCCGCCGACCCCCGCACGCACCGCCUCUGGAUGAUGGCCGAGAGCCAUGGUGCCACGGUUGAGCGAGACAUCGGCAGGCACACGACGCACGUGGUGGCAGUGAGGCUGGGCACUGCCAAGACGAAGACGGGUCUGAGGAUGCCGGGUGUGUUCGUGGUGCACCUGGACUGGCUGAUGAACAGCGUGUGGCACUGCCGGAGAGAGAGGGAGACCAUGUUCCUGCUCGCGGGGCAAAUCUGCGGUGGAGAUCCGCCGCCUCUUCCCGCGCCCCUCCCCCCGCCGGAGUCAUCAAUGUCGUCCGCCGACGUGAACCGGAGAGGAAGCAUAUCGUCGGCUCGAAGGGGGCGGUCGUCCGAGAGAGGAACGGCCAGCAGCAGCGGUAGCGGCAGCGAGAGCGGGGACGGUGGAGGCGGUGGUGGUGGCGGUUCGAGCCCUCGCGGUCCCGGAAAUUUUCGUCGGAAACGACAACGAGAGGGGGAGGACGAGGACGAGGUUGAUGACGGCCGUGGCGACGAGGCCUUUCCGUCUCGGGGGCGCAGCGGUAGUGGGGGUGGGGGUGUGUGGGGGAGGGGUCCCGGCAGACCGGAAAGCCGAGGUAGUGUGGGGGGGAGGUCUGGGUCCAUGAGCUCCUCCAUCGGCAGGGCUAGCAGUGUGAGCAGCGGCAGCGCGGAUGACGGCAGCAGUGUCGGGAGCGACUUAGAUGGCCUGGUAGACGAGCUCGAAAACUCAUCGUGAUGUCUGUCCGGAAGGAGCUCGGACAUUACCUCCAAGCUCCCAUCCAGCAGCUACAUAGAUCUUUUCUUUUGCGUUCACGCCUGCCGUUGGUUUGUGCUUGACCGGUGUGUUCGGCAAUGCAAUGUUUUGGAAGCUCUAACGGCUCGGCAGACGUCGAACACCAACUGCCGACGACCGUUCCAACGUUGUGGUGUGCUGUGUCCCCCGACUGGUGCGUCAAUCAUUCGCGGAGAGGUUAGACUGGCGCCUACAAUAGAUGGGGACGAAACACACACAUCACGCUGCUUUUUUGCCGUACAUGCAUCACCACCUCGUAGGACGGUUGCGGCCUGGUGUGUAGGUUGCACGCGCGUUGAAGGAGUUACCCCUGACAACGCUUCUUCGGAGGAAGGCGGACACGGCGCAUGAUGUGUUCGAUACGUGGAGAUGAGAUGAGAUGAGAUGAGAUGAGAUGAGAUGAGAUGAGAUGAGAUGGGAGAGGGAAGAAAGCUGUCGGCGGGUCCUGCGAAAGCGAGGCCACAGCGCUGUUUUUGGCGUUAGACGUCGCUGUAAGGGCGGGUUGCAGCGUAGAGCAUGAUUCGAACGUCUUUUUAGCUGACGUGGUCUAGACAAGAGGUGGCAUGAAGGCUGUCGUCGUUGUUUUGGUCGCAGUGAUGCCGGAGGGACUCCCGGCGGAAGGUGUGUGGUGCCGUGGUGGCGUGUUUUGUGUUUUUCUUUUUUUGUCUUGUUCGCGGUGAUUCAUUAUCCUAUGCCUACAACACAUGAGUUCGAUGGUGACGAUGUUGACAGGAUCGUCGUUCUCCGGAAGGGUUUUCACGUGUUGCACACGUCGAAUGCCCUUCUUUUUUCAUUUUCUCUUGCCAGUUCGUUUUUCUGGUGGAUUGAGACGAGUGUUUUCUGCGUCGUGAUGAUGCUGCACGAAGAUUGUUCUCCAGUCAGUGGCUCGCUGGGUUUGCUGCUGGCGACUCUCGUACGAUUGGUUGAGCGUGGGUGCUAAAUUUUGGAAACUCAGACUUGACUCUCUCGAGUGUGUGCUUGAGACUGACCCGUCACUCGUUGUUUCCAGCGUUUUCGUCGGAAGCUUCGCCUAGAUAGAUCUUAGAAGUCGUUGCUUGUUUCGCCUUUGUUGGAGACCGCCGCGAGCUUGG